AAAAAAAGGCAAAAGAAUGAGAGGUUGGUUGGCCCUCUCCGGGCUGAGCAUCUCCAUGGUGCGAGGCAAUGCAGGAUGAUCCAGAGGAGCGCUCGCCGGGAGCAGGGAUGCUGAGGACCCGGCACCCACCGGGGACAUGACCCUCAACAUCCCCACCAGAAAUCUCACCCAACGGAGUCGAAUUCCCACGGGGGCGAUGCCACACCUCCCGAGGACACUGGGGACAUCGGGUUUUGCUGAGCUUAGCAGCUUUUCACCGUCUUACCGAAGGCAUCAGACAGACGCUCAUCUGCCCUGAAGUGCAGAUCUGCAACAGCUCCCGGGAAGACUCUGUCUCUCUGUCUCUCUGUCUCUCUGUCUCUCUCUCUCCAGUCCAAACCAUUACAAGACCUGACUUCCACCAUCUGGGAAUCUAACCCCUCUUAUGCCCCUUCUCCUUUUUCUACGAUGACUCACCAUUAUUUUUAACUUUGAAGAGAGAGGAAAUUAUGGGGAUCUUGGAAGCCUGUAUUUCUCUCUAGGAUUUCCCCAGGGUCAGAUAAUCGGUGUUACUAAGAGACACUAAGAUUUGGCUUCUCCAGCAGGGGCGAUUUUCUUUCUUCUUCUUCUUUUUAUUUUUUUUCCUCUAUUUUUAUCUCAUCCCUUCGCCUUUUCAUGAGACUCUUCCAAACCUACGUACCUGUCCUUCUGCAGGAUAGUAGCCCUGCCCUGAACCCGAUCCCACCACCGGGCGCUGGGAAGAGUUUAGCAUAAGGAUUUCUUUUAAAGCCCAAUAAUGACAGUUGCUACUGGAGAUCCUGCAGAUGAAGCUGCAGCUCUUCCCGGUCACCCGCAGGACACGUACAACCCUGAGACCGACCAUGAGUGCUGUGAGAGGGUGGUCAUUAACAUCUCGGGGCUGCGCUUCGAGACGCAGCUCAAGACACUUGCCCAGUUUCCAGAGACCUUGCUAGGGGAUCCUAAAAAGAGGAUGAGAUAUUUCGACCCUCUCCGGAACGAGUAUUUCUUUGACCGGAACAGACCCAGCUUCGAUGCGAUUUUGUACUAUUACCAGUCCGGGGGGAGGUUGCGGCGGCCGGUUAAUGUGCCCUUAGACAUCUUCUCCGAAGAGAUCCGCUUCUAUGAACUGGGGGAAGAGGCCAUGGAGAUGUUUCGGGAGGAUGAAGGCUACAUCAAGGAAGAGGAGAGGCCGCUGCCUGAGAACGAGUUUCAGAGACAAGUGUGGUUGCUCUUUGAGUACCCUGAGAGCUCAGGCCCUGCCAGGAUUAUAGCUAUUGUCUCUGUCAUGGUUAUUUUAAUCUCCAUCGUCAGCUUUUGCCUGGAAACGUUGCCCAUUUUUCGGGAUGAGAAUGAAGACAUGCACGGUAGCGGGCUGAGCCAUCCCCCCUACUCCAACAGCAGCAUGGGGUACCAGCAGUCCACUUCUUUCACAGACCCCUUCUUCAUCGUGGAGACACUUUGCAUCAUCUGGUUCUCCUUCGAGUUCUUGGUGAGGUUUUUCGCCUGCCCCAGCAAGGCUGGAUUUUUUACCAACAUCAUGAACAUUAUAGACAUCGUAGCCAUCAUUCCCUAUUUCAUCACCUUAGGGACGGAGCUGGCUGAGAAGCCAGAGGAUGGUCAGCAGGGCCAGCAAGCCAUGUCCUUAGCCAUCCUUCGAGUCAUCCGCUUGGUGCGGGUCUUCAGGAUCUUCAAGCUCUCCCGGCACUCCAAGGGGCUGCAGAUCCUGGGACAGACUCUCAAGGCCAGCAUGCGGGAGCUGGGCCUCUUGAUAUUUUUCCUCUUCAUCGGCGUCAUCCUCUUCUCCAGCGCCGUCUACUUUGCCGAGGCCGACGAGAGCGAGUCCCAGUUCCCGAGCAUCCCCGAUGCCUUCUGGUGGGCUGUGGUUUCCAUGACGACUGUUGGCUACGGAGACAUGGUCCCCACGACCAUCGGGGGGAAAAUAGUGGGUUCCUUGUGUGCCAUCGCUGGCGUAUUAACGAUUGCCUUACCAGUGCCCGUCAUAGUGUCUAACUUCAAUUACUUCUACCACCGGGAGACCGAGGGAGAGGAGCAGGCUCAAUAUUUGCAAGUAACCAGCUGCCCAAAGAUCCCCUCUUCCCCUGACCUAAAGAAAAGCAGAAGUGCCUCUACUAUUAGUAAGUCUGAUUAUAUGGAGAUCCAGGAAGGUGUAAACAAUAGCAAUGAGGAUUUUAGGGAGGAGAACUUGAAGACAGCCAAUUGCACCCUAGCUAACACAAACUAUGUGAAUAUCACCAAAAUGCUAACCGAUGUCUAGUCGCUAAAAUCUAGUCCCGUAUUUAAAGCUGAAGUGGAACAAUUGCAGAUAUUGAGUGCUGCUCUGCAUUGUAGUUAAUACAGUAUUUUCUACGGUGUAUAUUUGGUUCUGCAUGGGAAGCAAUAGCUGUGUAAGUGACUUUUAACCUUUGAUUUCUGCACCGAAUAAGCGUCUGUGCAAAAAAACCCAACAAAUCCAAAACCAUUUUGUUGCACUUCUCCCAUCCCAGGCUCGUGGGUUUCCAAAGAUACGGAGGGGACGGGCACUUGGAGCAGCGGGAUGGGGAUGGAAGGGGCAGGUCCGGGCCAUCCCGGGGUGUCACGGGUCCUGGUCCCCGUCCUGGGGGACAGCCAGCUCCCAGGCACAGGGAACAGCUGGGAAAGGUCAGGCAGAACUUCCUGGAGGGUGGCUGCAGCCGUGGGGCCGGGUUGCUGGAGGGCUCGAGGUUCCUGCCCUGGGAAAGCCGAGAGCGAACGCGGCGCCCGGCUCGUGUUUCAUAACUGAAAAUGCUGCAUGCUGCAAUAGUUUCAGCCACUGCAGUGUGCCAGUGUGAGGCCCAGGGGAGGGAUAAUUACUGUGACGGCACAUUAUUUAUUAAGUCUUAAAUUUUCUAUGCGAGGCAUCGGGAGGGAUGAGUAAAUAAAUCAAGAGCUUGGAAUUUUAUUUAUUUAUUUAGAUGACACUUCCAUCAUCAAUAUUUCCAGGAUCACCAAAGACACCUCCACUGACACAUUGAAAAUGAGUUGGAAAAAGCAUUUUUUUAAUAUCUAUAUAUAAAACUGGAGCAACUAUGCUGUGGCCUAUAAUAUAUUUAUACUGCAGUGAAAUUUAACCAGUAAUACAGUACAGCUGCAUGGAUAUUCGUUGCAUGAAUCUGAAUAUUUAAUACACACACAAAUAUAUAUUUUCUUAGUAGACUAUACAGUAUUCAUGUUUAUAGUGUUUAUAGAUUCUCCGGUGGCUUGAAGGAGAUUCAUGGGAAUUAAAAAAAUCUCCAUUAUAGUUAAAAACCGGAUGGGGAAGGCGUGUGCUGACAACAGUUGGAUAGAUAACAGUGCAAAGCCUGAGAGAUAACAAGGCAGAGCUCGAGUGUCCGAGCAUCCAGACACAAGAGCUGACAAAUGCAAGCCAGGGAAGGUGAGCUGAAAGUUAAACACCUGUGCUCAUUAUGGGCCGAGUAAUUAGUCAUUAAUCGUGGUGCCAGGAGCAGAAACCACGGCGGAUCGGAGAGGGCACGAGGAGCAGGUGGAAUAGCAGGUUCCAGCUCUCCUGACUUGUUUGUUCAGCAGUUUUCAGCCGUUCCCGUAGAAUUCCUGUGUGUGUGUGUGUAUAGAUAUUUAGAGAGCGACUACAGGGCCGAAUCCUCAGCAAACAGAGCGCUUGGGGUAUCGAGGACUUCCCAGCUCAGGGCUGCUGGGAUGGUGGGACACGGGCUGGAGCAGGGUGGCCUGCCCCUGGAGUCCAUGGGGUCACCGGGGCAAGGUGUUUUUGGCUUGAAAACUCCUUUUCAACCCCCUCAGGGCUGGGGUUUAUUCCUUUAUGAUGAAGCAGACAGGUGCUGAAGUGGCCUGGGUUCAAGCUGGCAACUCUGAGCCUUUGCUUUGCCUUCUUUCAGGAUGUUUAAGAGCAGUGGGUCAAGGUGCAGAGAGCCUGAGGUUCUGUCUCUUCUUCAUCCCCAGUGUUAUUUGGGGAUGGGCAAGAGCUGUUGGUCCAUGGGGAAUCUCACCUGCUUUCCCCAUCCCUGUGUGGGUUUGCUUGUGUUUUCCCCAUUGCUGACAAUCCUCAGGGAGAGGUGCCCUGUUCCUCUUCCAGAUCAGGGGAGAUGGAGGAAAAUCUCUGCCAAGGUCAUGGUUGAGCAAAGCCUCCCUGGGAACAGGGAGGAACAGGGUUCAGACAGGGUGAAUUCAGGCUGAACUGGGGCAUUCUCAGCCCUGAAACACUGCAUGAAGGGUGAGCACAAGGAGCUUGGGGAGGGCUCAGCCAGACCCUUCCUUCCUCAGAGAGGAAAUCCCUGCUCCUGACAAUAAUCCAACUGGUGCUAAAGUAUCUACAGCAAUGGCUCCAAAUGCCACUCCAGAGGAGGAUCCAUCUUGUGCUGAUGGGGCUCCACUUGGCCAGGUGGAAUCACUCCUCAGUUUUAUUUGAUUGAUUGAUUGAUUGAUUGAUUGAUUGAGGCCUGGCUAUAAUGAAUUCCAAGUGUUUGUGCAUGGCAGUCCCUGCUUCUGCGUGGGGCAGAGGACCAGCAGCACCCCUGUGCUGGGGUUCAGGGAUGAUCAGGUCCCCAGCCUGUCUUUAAUUGGAUCUCAUUAUGCUGGGAGUCCUGCACUCCCACUUUGCUGGGGCAGCCUGGGAAUGGGAGACCCUGAAGCCCCUUCAUGCACGCACACAAAAAAGCCAACACAACCAAAAGCAAUAAAUCUUGAGUUCUGAAGCUCAUCCUGUUGGAUGGGACAGGGCUGGCAAGAGUCACUGGCUCGGGCACGAUUCCCAGGGCGGUCGGCCAACUUCCGUGGAUCCGGCUCGUGGUGGCUCUGUGGGGACGUGGGCUCACACAGGGGAGCUGCCUGAUGUGCUGGGAUCCUCUGGGUGCCACCAGGUGAUCCCGUUCCUGGUCGGGGUUGGGGUGUUUUGCAGGUGGUUUUGCUGCAGGUUCUUUGGAGGGUGCUGGUACUCAGUGAGACUUUGAGAAGUGUCCGGUUGUUGAACACCCACCGUGGGCUUGGGGUGGAUUGGAGCAGCGUUGGCCAAAGCUUUGGGUGUGUGUUGUGGUGGUUUGCUGAGGAGGAAGGUGAGGUUUUCCUUUGGGGAGGUGGGGUUUUUGGGCAUGGUGCUCCUGUGGGCUUUCCAGGGCCAGGCAGGAGAGGAGAGUGAAUCCAGGAGCAGGAUCCAAACACCCAAACCCAAUCUCCAGGCUGGGGGGUCCUGGCAGCCUUGGGAAGCUCCACAGCCACACAGCAGGGGCGAAUGGGGAUGAAGAGCAAGAGGCCACGCUGCUGUUGUCACUGAUGUGAGGUGAUGACUGUCCCCAUGGCAGGGGCCAGCACAGCCAGUCCCUUCCUUAGGACAGAUCUGGCACCUCCUGCCCUGACCCUGGCAGAUGUUCCUGAUGAAAACGAG